UUCUAAAUCGGUUCUAGAGAACCGUCUUAAAAAGGUUCGUGGUGGCAUUUUUGUAAUAAAAUGAAACAUAACAACGACGUUUGUGAAGAACCGGCUUUGAUGAGGUAUGCGAAAUGGCGAAAUGGUAAUUUUGUAUUCUGGUACAAAGACGGUUUUGUCCAAAAAACCGUCUUUGUUAGGUUAAUAUCUCGUUCAUAUAUAUUGGAUAGUACUCAGUACUAUUGCUAACCCGAGAAACCCUAGCUAGCUGCCGCGCGUGCUCCCGCUCUGCCUUUGGUUCCGUUUCCUCCGCGCAGGAAGGCCAGCUCUGUGGCGGUUCUCGUAAGUUGCUGCUUCAACUGCUUCCCGAUGAAAUCUUCCUUCGUCGACCUCUCCAUGGAGAACAAAUCGACGUCUCCCUCGGAACGAGAACGAACGAGAACUAAAUGAAGAGAGGAGUACAUGCCCUGUUUUUUUGUGUUCCGAAAUAGAGGAAUAUGAAGGUGGAACAGUAACCGGCAAGGAAGUAGUUAAAAACAGGGAUUGGGAGAUGAAUGAAAGUGCCCGUCGAUUGAAUUUUUCAUUUUCGUUUUUGUUUGGUUUGAUGCUGAUUUUUUUUUAUUUGUGGUUGCGUUUCUAUUUGGGAUUCGUUGAUUAUACUAAGUAUUUUUAUAGAAUGGUUAGGUAGAGAUUUUCCUUCGUUGAUAUUAUUGUGAUUAAUUGUGCUUGGAAGGUUGUGCAGAUCUAAUUCCAAAGCUGGAAGGUUGUGCCAUGUGCACUUGUGCAGUUUUGAUUUGAUCCUAGCAUGUUAUACAUGGAUAGGGACGAUUCUGCAAUACCCCUUAAUACCUCAAUUAGAUACUCAUAUUUUCAGGUUACAUCCACGCACUAUACCAUAGAGGCCCAAAAGGAGCAUUACAAAUUCAAGAAACUGGAGAAUUAUAUGGUUUUGCCAAAUAUGGCUUCAAUAAAAGAUACCAAUGCCAUUUCAUACAAUCUUUGUGGUUUGGUUAGGAUGGCUAGUGGUGAUCUGAAAGUGAAGAGUUUCUCCGCCGUGGUGGGACCUAACGGGAGCGGGAAGAGCAACGUCAUCGAUGCGAUGCUGUUUGUGUUCGGGAAGCGAGCCAAGCAGAUGCGGCUGAACAAAGUUUCGGAGUUAAUACACAAUUCCACCAAUCACCAGAAUUUGGAUAGUGCAGGGGUUUCAGUUCAUUUUCAAGAGAUUGUGGAUUCGGGAACCAGGUAAACUUGGGAACCACACGAGAUCAAAUUAUGUCCGAGAGAAAAAGGAGACAGCUAAUGGCUGAGAGAUUCAUAGCGUUUUCAUCUAUUAUACCUGGCUUGAAGGUCAGUGCUUAAAUCUCUGCAUCACUUUGUAGUAUUAUUUUAUCGUUAAACACUUCAAAAUACAAUAUUUCUAUGGAAAAUGUUUCCAAUUUUUUGCCUGUGAUCCAAGGUAGAAGGAUGACAAAUAGAGAGGUAAAAAUAAAAGAAUGAGGGGAAAUUGUUGGUUGAUGGAUAUGUAGUGAAAAAAAAAUAAGGUUAGAAAUAAUUUGUAAGAGAAGUUGCUGGGUGAAUAAAAUAGUGUAGAGAGAUUGAGAGACGGAUAAAAAAAAUAAAAGAGAUCCAGAGUAAUAGAUACCGAAAGUAUAUGCUUAGUAAUAAUUGAGCUAGGUUAGGCUAAGUUUGACUAGUUUAACACCUAAGUGAAAGUUAUUGGUUUUAACUUUCUAUAGUUUCUCAAUUGGCCUUAAGCAUUAUUUGUUAGCGGACAUUUUUAACCAAAUUAACAAAUUAAUAUUUGAUAAUAAAAAGAAAUAAAACUUGCAUAUCUUUAAUUUACAAUCACACACUGCAUUCCUAUGUAUAAAAUAAUUUUUUAAUGAAAAAAUAGAAUUUUUAAUGCAAUGAUAACUUUUUAAGACAAAAAUGGCUUAAUAAGCAAAAUUUGGACAAAUUUUCUGUAUUUUGCUCGUUUGUAAUAAUUUUUUUAGAGUUAUCUUAUGAGAUAUAUAAGUAUAU